UACAGGCAGGUAUCAAGACUCGGGGACAAAGAUUGGCAGUAAUAGCAGCAAAUGCAAAAGCAGAGUGUCUGAGCAGAACACCCAGAGCGAUGGCACCAAGGCCCCUGGGCUUUCCCUGGAUGCUUGCCGGGCUGCUGCUGUUUCUGACAGUAGCAAUGGCAGAACACUCCCACUGGAAUUUGAGGAACAAGGCAAGUGUAUUUGCAGACCUGAGUGCAGAUGAGCUGCGGACGGUGCAGAGUUUCCUGAGGGCCAAAAAAGAGCUGAAGCUAUCAUCCUCUACGGGGGGCACCAUAGCCAAGAACUACAUAUUCCUCAUUGAGUUGCUGCUUCCCAAGAAGUACCAGGUGUUGAAAUUUUUGGAUGAGAAUGGAAGUCGUCCUGUGCGAGAGGCUCGUGCUGUCAUCUUCUUCGGGGCCCAGGAAUCUCCCAACAUCACUGAGUUUGCUGUGGGACCCCUGCCUUGGCCCACUUACAUGAGAGUGCUACCCCCCAAGCCUGACCAUAAUCCUUCCUGGGGAUCAAGACCCAUCUCAACUAUUGAAUAUGAUUUUUUGUACCAUACUUUGAUGGAAGCCAUUGCACCCUUACAUCGUUUCCUCCAAGAUACCAAAAGCUUCUGGCUCCCCAAUUGCACGUACCACUGCCUGACCUUCACCGAUGUGUCCCCCAGAGGCCUGGCCUCCGGCCAGCGCCGUUCUUGGUUUAUUAUGCAGCGCUUUGUGGAGGGCUACUUCUUACACCCCACAGGACUGGAGCUCCUUGUGGACCAUGAGAGUUCAGAUCCCCAAGAGUGGCAGGUUGAACGGGUCUGGUACAAUGGGAAAUUCUAUGACAGCAUAAAGGACUUGGCAGAAAAGCAUGAAGAAGGGAAGGUGGACGUGGUAAUCCUUGAAGAUCUCCCUGCUAAGGAAGAGAGGAGAGGGGAUUCAGAGGAACAGCCCCUCUUUUCCUCCUACCAGCCCCGAGGCCACUUCCACACACCCACCACUGUGCCUGGUCCUCAACUAGUGGAACCCCAGGGCCCACGCUACCGGGUGGAGGGCAACGCUGUGCUCUAUGGGGGGUGGAGCUUCGCCUUUCGAAUGCGCUCCUCCACUGGACUGCAGAUUCUGAACCUGCGCUUCGGGGGCGAGCACAUCGCCUAUGAGGUGAGUGUGCAGGAGGCGGUGGCCCUAUAUGGGGGCCACACACCUGCAGGCAUGCAGACCAAAUACAUCGAUGUGGGCUGGGGCUUGGGCAGUGUCAGUCACGAGCUGGCGCCCGGCAUAGACUGUCCCACGACGGCCACUUUCCUGGAUGCCCACCACUUUUAUGACUCCGACGCCCCCACCCACUACCCCAAUGCCCUCUGCAUAUUUGAGAUGCCCACAGGGGUGCCCCUCCGACGUCAUUUUGACUCCAAUUUCCGUGGUGGCUUCAACUUCUAUGCGGGGCUCGAGGGCCAAGUGCUCGUCCUUCGGACAACCUCAACUGUCUACAACUAUGACUACCUGUGGGACUUCAUUUUUCACCACAAUGGAGUGAUGGAGGCCAAGAUGCAUGCUACAGGCUACGUCCAUGCUACCUUCUUCACACCUGAAGGGCUGCGCCACGGAACCCGCCUCCAUACCAACCUGCUGGGCAACAUACACACUCACUUAGUACACUACCGCGUUGACCUGGAUGUAGCAGGCACUAAGAAUUCUUUUGAGACAAUGGGGACGAAACUAGAGAACAUCACCAACCCCUGGAGCCCAGGACACCAUGUGGUGCAGCCAGUUUUGGAAAGGACACACCGUCACCGGGAGCGUCAAGCAGCCUUUCGCUUUAGCCGGAAGCUCCCCAAGUUCCUGCUGUUCACCAGCCCCAAGAAGAACCCCUGGGGUCAUAACCGUAGUUACCGCAUACAACUCCAUUCCAUGGCUGACCAAGUGCUCCCUCCAGACUGGCAAGAAGAACGAGCAGUCACUUGGGCCAGGUACCCUUUGGCAGUGACCAAGUACCGGGAGUCUGAGCUGGUCAGCAGCAGCAUCUACAAUCAGAAUGAUCCCUGGGACCCACCUGUGGUUUUUGAAGAAUUUCUUCGUAACAAUGAGAACAUUGAGAAUGAGGACCUGGUAGCCUGGGUAACAGUAGGUUUCCUCCACAUCCCCCACUCUGAGGACAUCCCUAAUACAGCCACACCUGGCAAUUCUGUGGGCUUCCUACUCCGCCCUUUCAAUUUCUUCUCUGAGGAUCCAUCUCUGGCUUCCCGAGGGACUGUCAUCGUGCGUCCUCAAGCCAAAGGAGCCAACCACAUCCAACGAUGGACCCCAGAUAAUGUGGAAGCCUGUUGGAGAGCCUCCCCAUUGAACUAUAAUGGAACCUACAAUCCUGUGUGAUGGUGUCUCUCAACUCUCACACAGAAGCCUAAGCCUCUUCCUACAUCUGUCAAUAAACAUAGUCAGAGUUCAUCUUCA